GGUUUGAAGGUCAGAUGACUGAAAAUUCAAUUGAGAUUGGUAUUAUAGGAGGCGGUUCGACGGGAUUUACAGAAGGAAAGGAACCUCCACUGUUCAGAAAGUUGACCCCCUCAGAAGUAAAAGAUUAUUUGGCAAACAUUGCUUAG